AUGUACACAGUAAGAGAGCUUUACAGUACCAAGUGCAUUUUCGAUGGUCGCAAUAUUCAGCAUGUGUGGCAAAAUGAGCUUGUUGCUUGGAAGAAGCUCACUGACAACUCGAGCUAUCCUUUUCCUAAGCUCGAGAUUUCGAGCAAGCAAGAUGCUACAGCACAAAGCAUUCAUGACUUGAACAACCCUGUUAUCUGUCAGGAUAUAAGCUGGUCAUUUGAUGGCACUUCAUUUGUGACUACUCACAGUGACAACGGAAUUCGUCAAUAUCUUGUUCCAGACGAUGGUGAGAUUACCUCGUUAGUUCCUUUUAAAAGAUUUUUCAGACCACAGUCUAUUAUCAGCUCCCGAAUUAAUCCAAAUUAUUCCCUUUUCGGUUCAAAUGAUAGCAAUGUGAUUUUGGUGGCAUCGAAAGAGUUGCCGAUUCAAUUAUUAUCAUUGUCUGCAGAUGCUGAUGAACACAGUUCGCUUUUCAAUUAUGAAGUCCAAAACCCUGAAAACGAAAAUUUUGAGACAGUUUACGCUAUAGAUUAUGCAAGUGACAGAUUAUUUCUUGCGGGUUCCGUUAGAAACAAAGUUUCCUUGUAUGAUAUAAGUAGGAAAACUCCAAUUUGGCAUGCCCGAUCGAUCAAAAAGCACUGUGGAAAAUCCCCCCAUCGCGCCAUAGUUUCAUGUUUUGAUCAGUCCAUGGAAUCCAUCCAGAAAACACAUCGAUACAUGGCAACCUAUAAAAAUGAUAUAUUUCUUCUAGAUAUGAGAUCGCAGAAUAUUCAAAAUCUCAAGUGCAGUUUCAACUCAGAUGACAACCCCAGAGGAGUCAUUCAGAUUCUUCUUAGUAUGAACGGUCAUUACAUGUACGUUAUUAAACGUAAUAGUUCCUUCAUUGACAUUUUAGACGUGCGAAAUAAUUGUGAGAGAGUUAAUAGGCUGGCUCUUCCAUUUACCAUCAUUAAGCAAAAAUUCAAGGCAUGCAUUGAUCAAACGAAUGGUCUUUCAAUCGGUAGCCCCGACGGUAAGCUCCUUCAAUGGACGAGCAAUAUUAUUGAGUUUGGUGGAAUACCAAGAUCCGCAGUUGAAGAGACUGGUACUGAUCUGGCCCCUUCGAUGGUUUUUCAAACUAGUUACAACGAAUCUAGGCUGAAUGUAAUUUCUUUCAAUCCGGAUAUGCCACAAAUGAUGUGUGUAUCUUAUUCCCCUGAUAAGUUCAGUGAAGAACAAAACACCAAGUCAGGAAUUGCGAUAUUCGAAUUAUAA